AUGAACUCCCUCAACCUGAUUUCAUCCCGAGUUAUCGGACAGACCCAACAUGCCUUGCGUCCGCGAUCGAGAUCUCAGGUCGAAUUGUCGAAGAAAGAAUAUGGCGAGGAUGGUUUGAGAGGACGAUCUUAUAGCGACGACCAUGCACAGCAAUUACAAAAAGAAGCCGACGGCCUGUUUCCCGAUCAGCUCACACCUGAGUCUGCAUCCGAGGAUGGCGAGCAGCCCAUAAUAGAUGACGGCGAUGACGAGGACCAGCCCUUACUGAGCGUCGACGAGAAGAAUACUCGCGACAGUGAGAUUGAAGGGUGGCGAGGAUUUCUAAAGAGGUUGGCAGAUGCCAUUUCGGCGAUACUAGCAGCGAUCGGGGGGCCGGUAGUUUAUGUCGCAAAGUAUUUCAGAGAUCAAGAGGGGAAGCUUUCCGUUGUGCCACGAUGGGCCCGCCGCGAUGGUGUCUCCCACCGCACGGGAGGCGCUGUUGCUCGCCCAGACGCUGCUCACGACGGCAGGCUGACUACGGGCAAGUCGACACAUCGUGCCCUCCAGGAAACAAAAUUGCGACGCUCCUAUUCGAGCGAGUCACAGAACAACGCUUUGACGAGUGAAUCCGAGUCCGACCUGCGCAAACUAGAACAACCUCAUUUGAGGACCAAGUCAAAGGCCGGGAAAGGGUUGAAGGAAGGGCCCGAGACUCGCAGGUCGUCCAUUCGGAUCAAGGAGCAGAAUGACUUGGCACUCAAACGGCGCAAGCAGAAGAAAAACAGCAGCCCUCUCAGCGAUACCACACCCUUGACGGUGGAUGAUAUUAAAUCUCCCACAUCUCCCUCUACUUCCUUGAAAUUCACCAGGUAUCCCCACGCGCCUCAGCCGCCACGACCACUCAUCCCCCGGCGCCAGCCCUCGUAUGCCAACAUCUCGCCUCGGUCGCCCACACGUGGUGGACCUCCACUUCAGCAGAAGACGCUGGUUUUGGAUCUUGAUGAAACGCUGAUUCACUCGCUGGCCAAAGGGGGUCGGAUGUCGUCGGGGCAUAUGGUCGAAGUGAAGCUGAAUACUCCUGUGGCUCUCUCGGCGCAACAGCCAGGCCAGGCUCCUCCGAUAUUGGGACCUCAUCAUCCUAUCCUCUACUAUGUGCAUAAGCGGCCACACUGUGACGAGUUCUUGCGCAAAGUGUCCAAGUGGUAUAAACUAGUGAUAUUCACCGCCUCAGUUCAAGAAUAUGCAGAUCCUGUCAUCGACUGGCUGGAGCAAGAGAGAAAGUAUUUUGUGGGCCGGUAUUACCGGCAGCAUUGCACGUUCCGCAAUGGCGCCUACAUCAAGGACCUCAGCACCGUCGAGCCUGACCUGAGCAAAGUGAUCAUUCUGGACAACAGCCCUGUCAGUUAUAUUUUUCAUGAAGACAAUGCAAUCCCGAUUGAGGGAUGGAUCAACGAUCCGACCGAUAAUGAUUUGCUUCACUUGAUACCCAUGUUAGAGGCAUUGCAGUAUGUGACGGAUGUGAGAGCUCUCUUGGCUCUCCGAAGAGGUGAGGCAGAGGCAGCCCCGUAG